UUUUUCUCGAUAAAAACUGACAUAAUUGUUUUUAAAUCAUUUUUUUAUGUAUCUCCGUGAUCUCCGUGGUUUUCAAGUAAAAGCUGUUUUCGCUUUCCAAAGAUUGUAAGAAUUUUAUAUUUUCAGCACGAAAUUGGUUUGACUUUCUUUCCAUUUAAGCAAAGUAAAUUAUAACAAAAAAUUUUCUUUUUCCUACCUUGGUUUACCUUCAAAUUCAAAGCAACAGAUGAAGAAGCUCAUUAGGUUUAAUAAUCCUGUUAAUAUCAAAAGUUGUAAUUACAGAGCUUGUUGUUUUGCCAUUUUCUCACAAAGUUGCGAAGUUUCAAAGGUCACUAUAUAUAACUUCACCUUUCUCUUUAUGUCUAGGAACAUUUUACAGAUCUAACUUUUCCAUCAGCUGUUUUUUCUCACAAGUCGCUCAAGUAAACUUUUUAAAAUACCCAUAAAGCACUUUGCAAUCUUUUGAGUAAAAAACUGACCCAUUUUAAGUACUCUGUAUCCGGAGAAAAACAUGCUUGAUAGUUUUAUGCAAGACAUGUAACUGGAAGUAUAGCUAGCACCUUUCAAUGCACUCUCUACCAACAAAGAAUGUUGUCCUUUUGAUAUUGUGAACAAUUCUCAGGCCAAAACGAUUUGGAUUGCACAAGUGCUAUGCCUUUAUAACGUCCGCUAAAAACCGAAGAAACCCCUUAUGAAACUAAUAUAGCUAAGAUUAAAAAACUUCUUUCAAAAAUAUCUUAGUAGAUUUUUGAAUCAAUAAAGCCAUUGGAUAGCAAACAAACUCUCGUAGCACAGCAAACAUACAGUUAGAAUAAUUUACUUAACACACGGGGGAUGGAGAAAUUCUUUUCGACCAAAGGAUGGAUAAAUGAUAAAUUGCGAUGGCGUUUAUAAGGUUCUAUAAUCCUCGACAAAACCUCUUGGAGAACAGUGCAUAUUCACUGCAUAUUCCCCUUGCCCCUAAACAAUGAUUUCUAGCACCUUUACUGGGGGCUAGCGUUAUAAAAAUCCCCAAAAAUUCGCCAAACUUUGUAACCUUGGUGAUUUUAUGUUGGGAACGAGGCUGACAGGUGGUCACCAGUUUGCUGUGGAAACUGUCAUCAUUCGAAUACAGAAAUGGCGGGUAUUUGAACUCUCUUCUGUUUGAUUUGUAAAAGAAAAACGGAAGAGGCUAUUUGCUUUGUUGCUUCGCCGUAUCUCAAAGUUUUGGAUGAUUCGUCUGCAAGUUAUCGGAUAAAGUUUUAUAUUUUAAAAAGUUUUAAUCUUUACUCUUGUCAUGAUUUAAUAGUUUAGGCCACAUCCUGGUGUUUUGCAGCGCAGUCAAAACAUCUGCUUUUAGCAAGCCAAGUAAUUAAGUGACCUGCCUCCUCCUCCUGGAAUAUUGAUAUUUAUAUGGUUCUCUUGCCAAUUUGACAUCAAGAUGGCCGAGUAUGAGGCAUUCAGAGACAUAAGAACACCAUCAACUUUACAUCCAUGCUCAAAUUGUGGCAGAACAUUUAAUCCUGAGACAUUGCAAAGGCACGAGAAAGUAUGCAACAGUCAAAAACAACGAAGAGUGUUUGAUUCAAGUAAAAUGCGUUUGCAGGGGACAGAAGCUGCAACUGUCAAAAGGAAACCCAGCCCUCCACCAUCAAAAACAAAGAAACAGAUAUCAUCAUCUUCAAAGGAUAAAUCGAACUGGAGAGCAAAGCAUGAGAACCUGAUUGCAACCUUGAAGGCAGCACGGGGCGAAGGUCCAGCUGUAGCUCCUACGGUGGAUCCAGGUUACGUUGAAUGUCCUUACUGUACCCGAAAUUUCAAUGAAUACGCAGCAGAACGGCAUAUACCCUUUUGCAAAGAGCAGAAUGCACGAUUGCCAAAGAAUAGUGGAAAUUCCAAGUCAAAACUCACAAAGAGAACUCAGUAUAAGCCUCCUUUACCUGGAUCAAAGAAAGGCAGCUCAUCAUCAUUAGCAUCAGAUGGAGGCACACCCAAACAGAGGCCUUUACCAGCCAAAGGCUCGACACAAACACCGUCUUCGGGCGGAAUAGCGAAGCGCUCACCUGCACCAUCGCCAACACUGCGUCGGAAAAAUGCUCCUGAGCAGACGGAUUCUCGUGUACUACGGAGGCAAUCUGCCGCCUCUCCGCCUCCACAGCGUCAGAAUGAGUUUGGUUCUACAAGGGCUGUUGAGAAGAAUUAUAAUUACAAUGAGCAGUACCAAGCACGGCAGAAACAACAGCAGGGACAAUACAAAGAGAAUUAUCGAGCGUCCAGUGGCAGUUCUUCUGAUUCCGAUGCGCAUCGUGUUGGUUCAGGGAAACAGCCCCCUGCAUGGCUUAAAGAUUUCAAAAAGACUGAAGAUACGUCAAUAUUGCCAGAAAGAAAGACAGAUAGUUCUUCUGCUAGCUCGAAAGGACGCCACAGUGGGAGGCAACGCGAAACUUCGAACCGAGAUGUUUUCGAUUUCGACGAAAAGCCCAUAAAACCAAUCCGCCGCAAUAGCGAAUAUGACACUGAUGAUUUCGGUCCACCACUGACGAAACCGACAGCUGUCGGUGUUGUGCGACCGUCUUCACGGGAUGUUUCGGGCAAAGAAGACAGAACACCAAGUGGACGGCGAAAACUUGCGAACUUUUGCCAUGAAUGCGGGACAAAGUACCCGGUGCAAACGGCAAAGUUUUGUUGUGAAUGCGGUGUCCGGAGAAUGCAUGUGGAACAAGCCUAGAAGAACACUUUAUUCCUGAAAUUUGAAAUGAUAUUUCGCACGAUACAGUAUAGUUACGUAUUAAUGUUGCAUCUUUUGUAUUUGUCGAACUGUAUUUCAAAAUCUGACUUCGUUGGGUGUCAUGCUUCUAAAGCACCUACUUAUCCAAGGUAAUUGUACAUUGUUUGAUAUCAAUUGAGCCAUGUUUUGAAUUUCUUUUAAUAAA